ACUUGAUCUCACCAUCCGGACGUCGUCUUCGAUCUUCGCCCACAAACAAACCGCCAUGGACCACCGCACAUCCAUUCAGGCCACUGCGGAGAGUCUCAAGCACCUGGACCUCGCCGAGCUGUGCGCCGAUGUUUCUUAUUUCAAACGUGUUCUCAAGGAUCUCCGCAGGAUCGAUGACAAUAUCAUCAACAGCCUGAAUUCACUGACUUCGCGAUCGUCGAAUGUCGCCGAGUCUUGCAGCCAAAUCCACAGCGUUCUCGUUGAGGCAUAUCAGCAAAGAUCCAGUCUCAUCACCAAAUGCCAUUCACUGAGCCAGGAGGCGACAGCCCAAAGAAGCCAAUACGCUGCUGAACACCCGAGCGACAAGCACGCACAGGAUGCGUAUCGCCUGGCCAAGACCAAUGAGCAGCACAUCAAGUACGAACUCAACGUUGAGGAGAUUGUCCGAGACCGAACCGCGGACGUUUUCAAAACUCGCUGCCGAUCGAGCAUCAAAAUCCCGCUGAUCAAUGCUUGAUCGCGCCGCUUUCUUAAACGCGGCAUCGACGACCAGCUAUCACUGCUUCUGUGUCUGUGGAAUGCCUGACGCACAAGAGCUGCCUUCCGCAACAUAGUUGGCAACAUGGGUUUCGAACAUCACGACAUGGCGAAUGCAGCGGCAACCGUACCGCGAUCACGGAUGUCAGCUGCGAGAAGUUGACAUCGCACCUUGAACGCUGUUCCUGACAGCCGACCGACCACGGCAUCUGGACAAACUUGUUGACCGCAGCAUAUACACUGCAAGCGGGAUCACUCGCUUUGCGGUCGCUGGCCACCUUCUGGACCCUGAAUACACAUUUAUCGCCCUCAA